AUGCAGGCAUUGCUUGCCUUCAAAGCUCAGAUACGACACGAUCCGAACCAGGUCACAAGCUCAUGGAAUGAAUCCCUUCACUUCUGCCAGUGGCAUGGCGUCACCUGCAGUCGACUACAUCAACAGAGGGUGACAAAGCUGUUUCUGAAUUCUUCAGCAUUGGUGGGAUCCAUAUCUCCACAUAUAGGAAACUUAAGCUUCUUAAGAGUUCUAGAUCUCCAGAACAAUAGCUUCACUCAUCAAAUUCCACCUCAAAUUGGGAAUCUGCACAGAUUGCAGGUAUUGGGUCUAAACAAUAAUUCACUUAGCGGCACCAUUCCUCCCAACAUCUCCAAAUGCUUCCAACUCACCAGUCUCUAUCUUACCAAAAACAAUCUCGUAGGUCAAAUUCCUUCCCAACUCGGUUCGUUGGCAAAGCUAGAUUUGUUCAAUUUCCGAUAUAACAAUUUAACAGGAGAGAUCCCUCCUUCUUUGGGGAACAUGUCUUCUCUCCAGCACCUUCAACUGCUGGCUAUGGGGUUCAACAACUUGGGAGGUAGCAUCCCCACAGAUAUCGGGAAAGUUUCAAGGCUUGAGUUCGUCUCUUUUAUGAACAACAAACUUUCUGGCAACAUUCCAUAUUCUCUAGGAAAUCUAACAAUGAUAAGUAGCCUUUUCUUGGGUGGAAAUCAUCUUAACGGCAACAUCCCUUCAAGCCUGGGAAGAUGUCACGGGUUGCAAAUGUUGGAUCUUUCUGAAAAUAGCCUAGAUGGAAAAAUACCUCAGCAAUUACUUACUGGUCUCCUCUCUUUAUCAAUUUAUUUCAACUUGUCGUCAAACAAUUUCACUGGUUCCAUUCCCUUUGAGAUCGGAAAGUUGCAGGUUCUAGGACUUGAGAGGUAUUCGAGAUCUCUAUCUCGCAACAAUUUCUCAGGUGCUAUUCCACAAUUUCUUGAGAAAUUAAACUUGGAGCGUAUGAACCUAUCCUUCAACCAGCUUUCGGGAGAAGUACCAACUGGUGGUGUUUUUAAGAAUACAAGUGUAGUUUCACUCGUUGGAAAUGCUAAACUUUGCGGAGGUAUGGCUAGUCUUAAACUUCCUCCUUGCACGCUUAAUGAGUCUAAAGGUGGACGGUUGUCGCGUAGAAUGAAACUUAUGAUCUCGUUGGUAUUUGGAUUCACUCUCUUGGUAUUAGCAUUGGUGCUAUCUCUUUUCUCUCUUUGUAAGAAAAGAACAGAAACUAAAUCAAGCACUUUGGGGAACUCUGUUUUGCAAGUUUCCUAUGCUACACUCCUAAAAGCUACCGAUAGUUUUUCUCCAGCUAAUUUGAUUGGUGUGGGAGCAUUUGGGUCUGUUUACAAAGGAAUUCUUGCUGAUGAUAGAAUUGUUGUUGCUGUGAAAGUGCUUAACAUGUUACAUCGGGGAGCAUCUAAGAGUUUCAUGGCCGAAUGUGAGGUGUUGAGAAAUAUCAGACAUCGAAAUCUAGUCAAGAUAAUAACUGCGUGUUCCAGUAUUGAUUUCAGCGGCAAUGAUUUUAAGGCUCUUGUUUACGAGUUCAUGGACAACGGGAGCUUGGAGGAGUGGUUACAUCCAUCUAUUGGAGCUAGAGAUGCAAUUGAAUCAGCCAAAAGUUUAAGUUUAGUUCAGAGGCUCAACAUUGCCAUUGAUGUUGCUUGUGCAUUAAAUUAUCUUCACAACCAUUGUGAGACACCAAUCGUUCAUUGUGAUCUCAAGCCAAGCAACGUCCUCUUAAAUAGCAACCUGACUGGACAUGUUUCUGACUUUGGGCUAUCCAAAUUUCUCUCAGUGCCAACUACGAGUGUUGGUGGAAAUCAAUCAUGCUCCAUCGGAAUUAGAGGAUCAGUUGGUUAUGCUGCGCCAGAGUAUGGUAUGGGAAGUGAGGUGUCUGCAAACGGAGAUGUCUACAGCUUUGGAAUUCUCUUGUUAGAAAUGUUUACCGGAAAGAGGCCCACCGAUCAUAUGUUCAGUAAUGGCUUGAAUCUUCAUGCUUAUGUGAGGACAAUUCUUCCUGAACGUGUUUCAGAGAUUUCAGAAUCACUGUUUCCUCAAGAAAGAGCCACUAAUGUCACUGAAGCUCAUAGGCACAGCAGACUGAGUGUGAGAGCACAUAAAGUUGAAGAGUGCUUGACUUUGAUACUUGGUGUAGGAGUUGCAUGUUCUUUUGAAUCCCCCACAAACAGAAAGGAUAUCAGUGACGCCGAAUCUGAAUUACAAUCCAUUAGGCGCAAUCUUCUGGGCUAG